GUCACCCCGCCCCCAAGACCAUGAGUAAAAUUGGUCAACAGAUGGCGCCCUCUUCAUUGGAAAGCCGUGGCCAAGAUGACCAAGGGUACAUCAAGUUUUGGUAAGCGGCACAACAAGACCCACACCUUCUGUCGUCGGUGUGGGCGCCGUAGCUACCACAUUCAGAAGAAAAGAUGCGCUAGCUGUGGCUAUCCAGCAAAAAAAAUACGCAGUUAUAACUGGAGUGAGAAGGCAAAGAGAAGAAAGACAACCGGUACCGGGCGUAUGCGUUACCUCAAGGUUGUGCACAGGAGGUUCAAGAAUGGUUUCCGUGAGGGAACGAAGCCCAAGCCUAAGCAGAGAGGAGGUGCAGCAGCCGGUGCUGCUAAACCGUAGACUCGUACCCAUCACUUCAUGUCAGAUCACCAACCAUCACAACCAGAUAACAGUUCUAAACAAGCGGAGUCGUCCAAAACACGCAUUAUAUUCUGAUCAGCACAAAACUCGAGCCAACAGUGUUAUUUUGUAGACUUAACACCGCAAAUAUGGCCAGUGGCUAUUAUUGUACCUAAGUUGAGAUUUGUCGCUGUGACUGGUCAGAGAAACAUGCUCUUUACAGAGUUGCAAAUAAAUAGUUGAUGUACAAGGUUAA